CUCUUCCGGGUCAGGUGACCGCGCGCUCUCACGUGACCCUGCCCGAGUGCGGGCGGUGGAAGGCGGAAGUGGGAGAGGAGUUGGAAGCCGCUCCUGUGGCCGCGGCAGCUUUGUGGUGAUGACAUGGCAUCUGCCAGCUCCAGCCGGGCAGGAGUGGCCCUACCUUUUGAGAAGUCCCAGCUCACUGUGAAAGUGGUGUCAGCUAAGCCCAAGGUGCAUAAUCGCCAGCCUCGAAUUAACUCCUUUGUGGAAGUGGCCGUGGAUGGGCUUCCCAGCGAGACCAAGAAGACUGGGAAGCGGAUUGGGAGCUCGGAGCUUCUCUGGAAUGAGAUCAUCAUUCUGAAUGUCACAGCCCAGAGUCAUUUAGAUCUGAAGGUCUGGAGCUGCCAUACCUUGAGAAAUGAGCUGCUAGGCACCGCCUCUGUCAACCUCUCCAACGUCCUGAAGAACAAUGGGGGCAAAAUGGAGAACACGCAGCUGACCCUGAACCUGCAGACAGAGAACAAAGGCAGUGUUGUCUCGGGCGGAGAGCUGACAAUUUUCCUGGACGGGCCAACUGUUGAUCUGGGAAGUGUGCCUAAUGGCAGUGCUGUGACAGACGGGUCACAGCCGCCUUCAAGAGAAUCCACUGGGACAGCUGUUGCUCCUGAGAACCGACACCAGACACCCAGCACUAACUGCUUUGGUGGGAGAUCCAGGACACACAGACACUCAGGUGGUUCAGCCAGAACAACCACAGGACCCAGUGAGCAGAGCCCUGGUGCUAGGAACCGCCACCGCCAGCCCGUCAAGAACCCCAGCCACAGUGGCUUGCCCAAUGGCACAGUGAAUGAUGAACCCUCAGCAGCCCCUGACACUGAAGAAGUCUCUGUUGUUGGUGUGACUUCCCCACCUGCUCCAGUAUCAAGUGUGACCCCAAACCCCAACGUGUCCUCUCUCCCAGCUCCGGCUGUACCGGCUGAAGGAGAGGAGUCAGGCACCUCGGGCACACAGCCGCUCCCGGCCACCACCCCGGCCCACGAUGCCCUGCCUGCUGGAUGGGAACAGCGAGAGCUGCCCAAUGGGCGUGUCUAUUAUGUUGACCACAACACCAAGACCACCACGUGGGAACGGCCUCUUCCUCCGGGCUGGGAAAAGCGUACGGAUCCCCGCGGCAGGUUUUACUAUGUGGACCACAACACUAGGACCACCACCUGGCAGCGCCCUACAGCGGAGUAUGUGCGCAACUAUGAGCAGUGGCAGUCACAGCGGAAUCAGCUCCAGGGGGCCAUGCAGCACUUCAGCCAAAGAUUCCUCUACCAGUCUUCGAGCACUUCGACUGACCAUGACCCGCUGGGUCCCCUCCCUCCUGGCUGGGAGAAGAGGCAGGACAAUGGACGGGUGUAUUACGUGAACCACAAUACCCGCACUACCCAAUGGGAGGACCCUCGGACCCAAGGCAUGAUCCAGGAGCCAGCUCUGCCCCCAGGGUGGGAGAUGAAGUACACCAGCGAAGGCGUGCGGUACUUUGUGGACCACAAUACGCGCACCACCACCUUCAAGGAUCCUCGCCCGGGGUUUGAGUCUGGGACAAAGCAAGGUUCCCCUGGUGCCUAUGACCGAAGUUUUCGCUGGAAGUAUCACCAGUUCCGCUUCCUCUGCCACUCCAAUGCCUUGCCGAGCCACGUGAAGAUCAGCGUUUCCAGGCAGACACUCUUUGAGGAUUCUUUCCAGCAGAUCAUGAACAUGAAGCCCUACGACCUGCGUCGCCGGCUGUACAUCAUCAUGCGUGGUGAGGAGGGCCUGGACUAUGGCGGCAUUGCCAGGGAGUGGUUCUUUCUCCUGUCCCACGAGGUGCUCAACCCCAUGUAUUGUUUAUUUGAAUAUGCCGGGAAGAACAAUUACUGUCUGCAGAUCAACCCUGCCUCCUCCAUUAACCCCGACCACCUCACUUACUUCCGCUUCAUUGGUCGCUUCAUUGCUAUGGCCCUGUACCAUGGGAAGUUCAUUGACACUGGCUUCACCCUCCCUUUCUACAAGCGGAUGCUCAACAAGAGACCCACCCUGAAAGACUUGGAGUCCAUCGAUCCUGAAUUCUACAACUCUAUCGUCUGGAUCAAAGAAAACAACCUAGAAGAAUGUGGCCUUGAGCUGUACUUCAUCCAGGACAUGGAGAUCCUGGGCAAGGUGACAACCCAUGAACUGAAGGAAGGGGGUGAGAGCAUCCGUGUCACAGAGGAAAACAAAGAAGAGUACAUCAUGCUGCUGACUGACUGGCGCUUCACCCGUGGUGUGGAGGAGCAGACCAAAGCCUUCCUGGAUGGCUUCAAUGAGGUGGCUCCCCUGGAGUGGCUGCGAUACUUUGAUGAGAAAGAGCUGGAGCUGAUGCUGUGCGGCAUGCAGGAGAUAGACAUGAGCGACUGGCAGAAGAACACCAUCUACCGGCACUACACCAAGAACAGCAGGCAGAUCCAGUGGUUCUGGCAGGUGGUGAAGGAGAUGGACAAUGAGAAAAGAAUCCGGUUGCUACAGUUUGUCACUGGCACCUGCCGCCUGCCUGUGGGCGGGUUUGCAGAACUUAUUGGUAGCAAUGGGCCACAGAAAUUUUGCAUUGAUAAGGUUGGCAAGGAAACCUGGCUGCCCAGAAGCCACACAUGUUUCAACCGCCUGGACCUCCCCCCAUACAAGAGCUAUGAACAGCUGAAGGAGAAGCUGCUGUAUGCCAUUGAGGAGACCGAGGGCUUUGGGCAGGAGUGA